AUGUUUCCUCCAUUCGACUAUUUUCAGUACCUUCGAAUUCGGGAUGCCAAAAGACGGGAGCGCGACGCGCGCUUUGCGGCACUCGACCCUGAAUACCAUGCUCCCUUCACAGCAGCGAACAAGGAAAUAAUCAACAAACCUAUCGAGGAGCUCGUGCAAGACGUCCAGAAAGAGCUCCUCCUGCCCGAGGCGGAGGAGUGGGCGACGUCGGAGGUCAACUUGAAGGGUCCUCUCGCUGGUAUCCCGGUUUCUCUGAAGGACUCACUCCAGGUGAAGGGGUUUGAUAUUACACUGGGGUACUCCAAACUCGCAGGGAAGCCCUACCAAGAAGAUGGCGCUGUUGUGAAGUUGUUGAAAGACGCUGGAGCGGUACCUUAUGUGAAGACCGCAUUGCCAGUUACCCUCCUCUCCUUCGAGUCCGCCAAUGGUAUCUGGGGAACAUGCCGGAACCCUCACGUCCCCGAAUUUUCUCCAGGUGGAUCAACCGGUGGAGAAGGCGCCCUGCUGGCGUUGGGAGGCCGCAUCGGUAUUGGUUCUGACGUCGCUGGCUCCGUUCGUGUUCCUGCAGCCUGGAGCGGGAUCUACUCCCUCCGCUGUAGCACUGGACGCUGGCCCAAGACUGGAAUCAACACCAGUAUGGCGGGACAGGAGGGAGUUCCGAGUGUGUUCAGUCCCAUGGCCCGCACUUUGAACGACCUCACCUACUUUACCCGUUCCAUAAUUGGCCUUCAGCCGUGGAAGUAUGACUAUACAGUGCAUCCCAUCCCGUGGAGAGCUGAUCAGGAGAAGGAGGCAAGCCAGAAGCAGUUGAGAGUUGGUCUGCUAAAGUCGGAUGGAGUUGUUCCACCGACACCAGCCAUCGCUCGCGCCAUCGACACGACCGUGGCCGCUCUCAGAGCAGCCGGUCACACCGUCGUCGAAGUCACCCCUCCUCCCACAGCGGAUCCUUUCACAGGUCUCGACCUUGCUGCUCAGCUCCUGAACUCUGACGGAUGCUAUACGUUUAAUUCUCACUUCUUCUCCUUUGAGCCCAGCGAUCCAGGCGCCGCUCAGCUUACGAGAGUUGCCAACUUGCCUCGUGUGCUCCGCUAUCUGUACUACCUUUAUGUGCGAUACAUCAAACGCGACGAGAAAUGGGCCACACUUAUCCGGCACUUCGGCCCCAAAUCGUCUGCAGAGCUGUGGAAGCUGGUGGCCCGGCGAGAAAGCUUCCGGGCAACCUGGCACGCCUGGUGGAACGCGGAGCCGCAACAGUAUGAUUUCAUCCUCUGUCCCGCCAAUGCGACUCCUGCUCUUCCCCACGGGGCCAUGCGCGAUGCCGUCUCUGCCUGUGGGUACACCUUCCUCUGGAACCUGCUCGACUAUUCGGCCGGUAUUUUGCCUGUCGGACACGUCGACCCUGCCAAGGACUCCCUCGCCGUCAAGAAAAAGGGAGGGUAUAAACUUGCUCUGAAGGAGCUGGGAUGCAACAACGCCAUCGCCCGGGGCGCCUGGAUGCAUUAUGACGCCGAGAAGAUGGCCGGGUUACCCACCGCUGUGCAGAUUGUUGGCAGGCGAUGGGAAGAGGAGAAGGUGUUGGGGUACAUGGCUGCGGUAGAGAGCGCGUUGGAGAAGGCUGGCGAGAAAUACACCCUGUUGGAAGUGGACUGA